UUCUAUGAAUCGAUUUCUCUUUAAUUAUGUGUUUAUAAAUAGGGAGAAAAAAAAAAAUACAGAGAGUAACAGUAGAGCUAAUGAUUCAAGCGACGCUAAAAGUUGAAUGAAUGUUCGAGAGAAACGUCUCAGAGACUGUGAAAAAAUCAAAUCCUCAGUUGCAGUGCCUCAGUUGCAGUGCCUUGCAACGAUUUGGUCCCCCCUCCCUCUUCUCUUCUCUCACUCUCCGUCUUGUGCGUCGAUUUGUCUCCAUCUCCCUCUCUCCGCCUACUUUCUCAAGAUUACUCCAAUUCGCCGUCUUCUUCUCCUCUGUUCUCGCUUCCUUCCCUGCAUUUGGAUUGAUGUCAUUUUAGUACUACUUUGAGGGUCUCACUCUCUUUCUCUCUCUCUUCGCCGACUUCGAUUUCUUCAGUUUUCUGCUACCCUUUUUCUCAGGAUCAAGAUUGUCUCUGUAAAACGCAACACCAUGCCUCUGUUUGAGCUUUUCAGGCUCACCCAAGCUAAGCUCGAAUCUGCUCAAGACAACAACCCUUCUCCACCUGUAGAUGAAGUUGUGGAGCUGGUGUGGGAAAACGGUCAGAUUUCAACUCAGAGUCAGUCAAGCAGGUCGAGGAACAUUCCUCCACCACAAGCUAUUAUUCAUCAAGCAAACUCUUCUAGAGUUAGAGAGAUACGGAAUGGCUCAAAGGCAACGAUGGUGGAUGAGAUCCCUAUGUCAGUGCCAUCACUAAUGACGGGUUUGAGUCAAGACGAUGACUUUGUUCCAUGGUUGAAUCAUCAUCCAUCCCUCGAUGGAUAUUGCUCUGAUUUCUUGCGUGAUAUGUCUCCUGUUACAGUCAACGAGCAAGAGAGCGAUAUGGCGGUAAAUCAAAAUGUUUUCCCGUUGUUUCAGAGAAGAAACGAUGGCAAUGAGUCAGCUUCUGCUGCUUCUUCAUCGCAGUAUAACGGUUUUCAAUCUCAAUCUGUGUAUGGAAGUGAUAGAGCUAGGGAUCCUGCUAGCCUACAAGCCAAACCGGAUCAAUUUACUCAGACGCAGGAACCACUAAUCCUUAGUAACAAGCCCAGUUUGGUCAACUUUUCGCAUUUCUUACGCCCUGCAACUUUGGCUAAGACUAAUAACCCUCAUGGCAGUAAAGAGAAGAGUCCUCAAAGCCCGCCGAAUGUGUUUCAGACCAGAGUUCUUGGAGCUAAGGACUCUGAAGAUAAGGUUCUUAACGAGUCUGUUGCUUCUGCUAUGCCCAAGGAUAACCAAAAGGCUUGCCUUAUUACAGAGGACUCAUGUAGAAAAGACCAAGAGAGUGAAAAGGCAGUUGUGUGUUCUUCUGUUGGCUCGGGUAAUAGUCUCGAUGGCCCAUCCGAAAGUCCUUCACUUUCUUUAAAGAGAAAGCAUUCAGAUAUUCAAGACAUUGACUGUCGUCAUAGUGAAGAUGUUGAAGAAGAAUCAGGAGAUGGAAGAAAGGAAGCAGGUCCUUCUCGAACGGGUUUGGGUUCAAAGAGAAGCCGCUCUGCAGAAGUGCAUAAUCUGUCUGAAAGGAGACGGCGUGAUAGGAUCAACGAGAAGAUGCGUGCCCUGCAAGAACUCAUUCCAAACUGCAACAAGGUGGACAAAGCUUCGAUGCUAGAUGAAGCCAUCGAGUAUCUCAAGUCACUCCAACUUCAAGUACAGAUCAUGUCAAUGGCGUCUGGUUACUACAUGCCACCGGUUAUGUUCCCACCUGGUAUGGGGCACUACCCGGCUGCAAUGGCAAUGGGCAUGGGAAUGCCUUAUGCAAUGGGCUUGCCUGAUUUAAGCCGUGGUGGUUCAUCGGUUAACCACGGACCACAGUUCCAAGUCUCGGGGAUGCAACAACCAGUGGCGAUGGCGAUUCCACGUGUCUCUGGUGGUGGUUUCUUUGCAGGGUCUGCAACGAUGGAGAUGAAUAAGAGCGAAAAUGGUUCGACUAGAGAUUUAACGGGUUCUAAAGAUCAAACAACGACGAAUAACGACAGUAACUUGAAACCAAUAAAGAGAAAACAUGCGUCUUCUGAUCAGUUUUGUGGAUCGUCAUGACAUAAAUACAAACUUAAGAACUGAUGUAUUGUUUAUCUUGUAGCAUUCAAACAAAUCAAUUCUAAAACCCAAAACUUCAAUAAAAUUAAUUUGUGUUCUUUAUAACA